AUGUCGGCCUUUGUUGGAAAGUAUGCAGAUGAGCUGAUCAAGACUGCAAAGUACAUUGCCACACCAGGGAAGGGCAUUUUGGCUGCAGAUGAGAGCACAGGCACCAUUGGCAAGCGUUUAUCAAGCAUAAAUGUUGAGAAUAUCGAGUCCAACCGCCAAGCCCUGCGCGAACUCCUCUUCACAUCCAGCAAAGCCCUGCCUUACCUCUCUGGUGUUAUCCUCUUUGAAGAGACCCUCUACCAGAAAACCUCUGAUGGGAAACCAUUUGUUGACCUCCUCAAUGAAAACAAUGUUAUUCCUGGAAUCAAAGUUGACAAGGGUGUAGUUGAAUUAGCCGGGACUAAUGGUGAAACUACAACCCAAGGCCUUGAUUCACUAGGAGCUCGCUGCCAGCAAUACUACAAGGCCGGCGCACGAUUCGCCAAGUGGCGUGCUGUCCUCAAGAUUGGCCUAACCGAGCCAUCUGAAUUGUCAAUCCAGCAGAAUGCUCAAGGGUUGGCUCGUUACGCAAUCAUUUGUCAGGAGAAUGGUCUGGUGCCUAUUGUGGAGCCUGAGAUUUUGACCGAUGGAGCUCAUGACAUUAAGAAAUGUGCUGCUGCAACCGAGACUGUGCUUGCAGCUGUUUACAAGGCAUUGAAUGAUCAGCAUGUUCUUCUCGAAGGCACGCUUCUCAAGCCUAACAUGGUCACUCCAGGUUCUGAUAGCCCAAAGGUAGCACCUGAGGUGAUUGCUGAGUACACAGUGACGGCGCUACGCAGAACUGUUCCGCCAGCAGUGCCAGGCAUUGUGUUCUUGUCUGGGGGGCAAAGCGAGGAGGAAGCAACACUGAACCUCGAUGCAAUGAAUAAGCUUAAGGUGUUGAAACCAUGGACUCUAUCGUUCUCUUUCGGCCGAGCACUGCAAAAAAGCACACUCAAAACAUGGGCUGGAAAGAAGGAGAACGUUGAGAAAGCUCAAGAGGUGUUCUUAGUUAGGGGCAAGGCCAAUUCAGAGGCAACUCUUGGCAAGUAUGGUGGAGGAGGUGCUGGUGGGUUGGCUUCAGAGAGCUUGUAUGAGAAGGGUUACAAUACCAAGUUUGGAAGUUAUGGUCUUCUUCUCUUGGUUUUAUCCAAUUUCUUGUACUAUAAGUCUGCCAUGGUAGGAAAAGCUAAAACAGCAAAGUUGAAGCGCGACAGAAGUCUCAGGAAUUCUGACUCUAGGACCGAUAUAGAGGAAGAUGAUCACGUCAAGAGCAGCAGCCCCAACGAAGGAGAGAAUGCAGCAGAUGAGGAUCAAGGGAACAACAAAGCUACCUCUCGUGAAGAAGGAGAGGAUUCAAUCAUGAAGUCUACUCUUCUGGAAAUCUUGAAGAAAGCUACAAAUGCUUGUAAUGCAGAGAAUAUUUCGUAUUGGCAUGAAAUAUUGGUGAAGAAAAUGGAAGAUGAACUCAAGGAGUACAGAGCAGUUCGUGAUGAAGAGUUGAGGAAAGCAAAAGAAACAUGCGAAGAAGAAUUCAAGAACAAGCUGAAAAUCAUGGAGGAAAAGUUAGAGGCCAAGUUUGAUGAGGAUAGGCGCAAUUGGGAGAAGGAGAGAAGGAUUCUGAAAGAGAAAUAUGAGAUGAUGCGAUGGACAUAA